AUGUCUACUCAAGCUCUUUUCCCGCUGCCAGUGCCGAAGCUUGGGGCGUUCAAGAACUACAAGUGUGGCUCUCGAGAAAGGAAGAAGCGGGCAUUUGAUCGCGCCUUUCAUGUCUGUGUCAUGGCUUUCAAUUUUUGGCACGCGGACUACAAGCGCAUCCCGAUUUCCUCGAUUGCAAGAACUCCAAAUGAUGCCCAACAGGAGGCACUGAUGAAUCUCAAGCGGAUGUUAAGAGCUUUCGGUAGCUCGGAGGAGGAGUUCUCUGUUCCGAAGAGUGGCCGUAGAAUCACUUCGUUGAUCUCCAUGCUCUCGGACCUUUCUGAGUUUGUCACCUGGGAAGGUCUUGGUGGAGAUAUCUAUUCAGGUGUUUAUCCUGGUUCUCAAGAAGGCUACAGGACUGUUGUUGAAGUGCCUCGAGAUCUCGACCGAGCCGAUGAACUUCGACCAUAUCGGACAUUAGAUCCUUCGAGGCUUACUUUGUCAGGAAAAGCUGAAUGGGACCCCCAGGAAUAUCUGUCAGACAAGUUGUGGAUGGCGUUCAAUGAGCCUGAAUCUUUGAGGUGGACAGCCUCAGUGGCUACAGACGACGUUCCAAACUUGUCAAAGGAGAAAUAUCAUAUGGUGAAAGAUCUUGCCCUCCUCUGGGACGUGAAUGGCCUUCUCUACAUUCACGAACCUGCCGAAGAAGGGAUGGAGCUCUCAAUGAGGUUCUUCAAUUGCUACAAGAACAAAGAGACUGACAGAAUGGCUGGACUUCCUACCGGCCAGGCCCUUCUUGACCUUGAAUGCCGCCUCCCUGAUCAACGCAUCUCAAUUUGUGCCUCUGACCGCAAGGACUUCUACCAUCAGCUGAGGGUUCACCCAAAAAGAGCUAUUACAAACAAGCUCUUCCCACUGCUGGACAUUACUGACCUGAACGGCACUCAGGCCUUUCAGAAGUGGCUUGGCAUGAUCACAGUUGGUGCACCCGUGCAGAAGAGACUAGCUUUGGCAUUUGUGUCUCUAACCUUGGCUUCAUCCCGCUUCUCCACAGAUGCUUUGCAAGCCUCAUUGAUUGGAGGGUGGGUCAAUGCUGUGCUCUACAGGCGCCCUGCGAUGUCACUGAUCUAUGACCUCUACAAGACUCCAUUGUCUGAUGUACAUGAGACCCCGAGGUUGAUCCAUUUGACUAGAUCUAUGGCUCAGGAACUACUGCUGCUUUCAGUGCUCUGCCCUUUUUGGGUCACGGACAUCUCAGCAAUCCCUCAAAGUCGAUGCUACUCUACGGACUCCUCAGACUCCAAAGGGGCGGUUGUCUCUUGCCCGAUCUCAGCAGAGCUUGCAACAGUUUUGUGCCGCACUGGGCGAAAGAAGACGACCUACUCCAGGAUGCUCACCCGUGAGGAGACGUUGUUGAGGAAGCUUGAUUGGUCGCGUGAGGAGUUUCAAGACCUCCCGGACGGUCGUCGAGAUGAGGACCCAGGCCCAGAGCGGCCUCGUGCCUUCAGGUUCCAUUUCAUUGAAGUCUGUGGAGGUGCAGGAAGAGUAAGCCACUUUAUGAGAAUGUACGGCUGGAAUGUUGGGCCAGUCAUUGACAUUGACCGGUCCCCUGCCUACGACUUUUCUUUGCUCAGAGUCUUGCAGUGGUUGGCACAUCUCAUUGAGAACGACCUGCUUGGUUCCGGGGUUGCUGGAGCAACCCAGGAGAUCCAAGAUGCGAAAGCUUCAGGAGUGGCAGCGUUUGCUGAAUCUCAAGAGGGCCUCAGAAGUUUGGACAGUAUCCUUGCGCACCCCGAUCUCAGCUUGGAUUUAACCCUUUGGACUUUGAUGCGACUCGCCGAUUUGGAACUACCUCAAGGGCGACCAGUUUUGCCUGCCACUCAGAAGCGCAGAGACUUUCUGCUGGAACAAUUUGCAUCAUGGCUCAAGGGGCAUGACAUGUCCCUUGAUGAGAUUCUUUUGACGACCACCCCCGACAUAGAAGCUUUGAACGUGAUGCUUGAAAAAUACGGUAGAGAGCUCUACAGGCACCAGAUAGCACGAUUGGAUCAUCCACAGUUGCUCAAGACCAUCGAGGUCGCGUUCCAGGACCUUGAACCCUGGCAGCAACUGUGGCCUGCAUCGCCGCAAACUAUGAGACUUCGUUUCAACAAGCUGCUGAAAGCUACAGGUCUGGACCAGUUGCCAGAUGGCAUCAGCCGAGGCAUAGAUCUCGGCUCUUUAAGGGCUGGAGGAGCCUCCUGGCUCCUCCUCUCCAGCGAGGACAGCGAGAUGACAAGGCGCCGAGGCCGCUGGAUCACCACCAAGGUGAUGGAGAUCUACGUGCAGGAGGCAUGGUCUGUACAGUUCAUGCCAAAGCUUCCUCGACAGGUGAAGCAGCAGAUUUGGAACGGAGCCCAGCUUUUUCCUUCGGCAUUAGAGUAUGUGACCACCUGGAAAGCUGCAAGCAUUCCGGAGUCCGCAUGGCCUUUGCUGUUUCUCAACGCAGCUAGAGACUUUGAGCUGAACAUCAUGGGAGUGAAGAAGAUGGGUGGUGUUGUUCUUGUGGUCACAGACGGCUGGGCGGGUGUGCCGGGCGUGCCAAAUCACAGCACCCCUGGCAAGAAAGUCGUGACGCUCCCAGAUGACACAGAUGCAAAGCCUGGUGGAGAUGAAUCGAGAACCCAUAGGCCCUCCAUUAUGUCUUGCGAUUUGGACGAAAACGAUGCCGCCAAGACCAGAGCGAACCUGGCUUCGCGCAUGACGGUGAGCAUUCCACAUUUGCAAAAGGACGGUUUCCUAGAACCUGUGACUUUGCCAUUCUGGCAUCCAGGUCGAUAUGUUCAUACCACUGCAUUUGAUGCAAUAUUCUGCGGAGUUAUUGUGGCAAACACUUUGGUGAUGGCGUUGGAAAUGCAGUACACUGGCUUGCAGCGGGGAUACGAGCUCGGAUUUCAACAUUUUACCAUGCCUGCAAGUGAGUACUGGCCGCAAGCAAAUCUUGUGUUCCAAGCGCUGGAUAUUUGCUUCGGCAUCGUCUACACUAUUGAAUUGAUCGUUAAGCUUGUGGGCUUUAAACUUCGCUUCUUCAAGGACUGGUGGAACAUUUUUGACGGCUUGUUGGUCACGAUGUGGCUGGCAGAGGUUUCUUUGAGAGAUGUGAUACAAUUAGAGCCUGGAAUUUUGCGUAUGAUGCGAAUGUGCCGGCUUUUACGCUUGAUACGAUUGGUCAAAACAAUCCAAGGUUUUGAUGCGCUUUACAUCAUGACGACUGCAAUGUUGGGGAGCGUUGUGUGCCUCUUUUGGUCCUUCAUGUUGCUGAUGACUGUCCAAGUCAUGAUCGCUUUCUUUCUGAAUGAGUCUCUGGAAAUCUACUUCAAUGAUCCAACGAAGCCUGUUUCUGAAAAGCAUGAGGUGUUUGAGUACUUUGGCACCACAGCCAGAGUGAUGCUCACCAUGUUUGAGCUCACCCUCGCGAAUUGGCCAGUGGCUGCUCGAAUAUUGCAGGAAAAUGUGACUGAAUUCUAUUCAAUAUUUUCUGUCGGCUACAAGCUGAUCGUUGGUUUCGCUGCAGUGGGCAUCAUCAAUGGCGUGUUUAUGCAGGAGACCUUCAAAGUUGCAGCUUCAGACGACAAGCUCAUGAUGCGGCAGAAGGAGCAAGAUCGCUGGCUCCACACCAAAAAGAUGAAAACACUUUUUGAAGCCGCUGAUGAGUCUGGAGAUGGGUACAUUGAUAGAAACGAGUUCUGCGAUAUCAUGAAUAUUCCAGAAGUCAGGACAUGGCUUGCAGCUCAAGAGCUUCCAGUUCAGGAUCCAAACGUAUUAUUCAAUUUGCUUGAUGAUGGUGAUGCAGAGCUCACCGCCGAAGAACUUGUCAAAGGAGUUGAGCGGCUGAAGGGAACUGCCAAAGGCAUUGACCUUGCGGCCUUCAUCGCUGAAUACCGCAGCUUCGCAGCGAAAGUCGCGGACAAGCUUGAUUUCCAGCUAGAGAGUCUAGCGAACAAACCUAAAGAAGAUGACGAUGCUGAGGGUGGAAGUGAGGGCGAGUAA